AUGGUAGGAAGUUUACAGAUAUCAAGCUACGUACACCGUAAGGACAAGGUGAAGACCAUUGGUGCCAAGACUAGUAUGGAGGAGGUAGUUCUGAGUGAUGACCUUGUGAUUGCCCUUUCCGAGCAAAUUGAUAUACCACUUUAUCCAAUCAGCCAUUUUGCCGUCGACCUGGGCUUCAAUUCCGCCAGCGGCAGCGUAGCGGCAGAGCUGGCAAUUCACAAACAGCAUCCGCAGGGGAAAUACGAGCAUCUUCUAAACAAGUUUGUCGCCACUCACGGUCGGGGGGAGGAAGCUGCUCAAUAUCUCAUCUAUAUAUUCAAAGAUAAAAAGAAGAUGCUCCUUGUCAACUUUCUUGAAAAAGCUAUCGAAAAACAUAAUGCGCUGAACCAGUCUGGACGUAGACAAGAGCCUGGACCUGCAGAGGGACAGGGGCACACUGGGCCUCAAAGUCGCCCCUUAAAUGCUGGUGUGAGUGCCCGGAACAAAUCAUUUUGGAAAUAUGUAGCAGGUCUGAGCUCGGUUGUAGCUCUCUUGGCUAUUGCGGUAGCUUGUUAUAUUAUACUCCAUGAACCGGGAAAAUGUGCAUCGUCACCCUGUCAAAAUGGAGGCACUUGUCUUGAGCAUCACGGGGCGUACUCAUGUACAUGCAGAACUGGCUAUGGAGGCAGCAACUGUGUGACAGAACUGGUGAAAUGUGCAUCGUCACCCUGUCAAAAUGGAGGCACUUGUCAUGAGCAUCACGGGGCGUACUCCUGUACAUGCAGAAAUGGUUAUGGAGGCAGCAACUGCGGAACAGAAUACAUUGCAGAAAACUUCAGCCUUGAAGAGUGCCAAGACACAUUACGGGAACACUACGAAAAUCAUCUCUUUAACAUUCACACUAAGCCGUGGGAUCCAAAACAUGACAUGGACCUAGAGAAGCUCUACACGACCGUCAGCAUCUACAAGGAAGACAAUAAUAAUAUUCCGGACAAACCCUUACAGAUAUCAACCUUAAAUGGAUCAGUCAACGAUAUAUUCCAGACUGAAGUUCGUGGAUCGUUGCCAAAAAGAAUUGUGUUGUUUGGGGAGGCUGGCCGGGGAAAAACUACAGCUGUAGCGAAAUUAACUUAUGAUUGGGCCAAUAAAAAAGAAGACUCCCCUUUAAAGAAUGUGAAGUUGCUCUUUGUCUUCAAGAUGAGAAACCUGAAUGCCAAGACAGUAAUAACCGAAGCCAUUGUUCCGUUGCUGGGGAAGAAAUACAAAAAGUAUCAAAAACAGCUCGAAGAAUAUAUCGAUUCCCAUGAGAAGGAUAUUGUCAUGCUGUUCGACGGUUAUGAUGAAUUCAGUGGAGAGCUUCAUUGCGGGAAAAACGUAGGUAGCGUCAUUGAUAUAUUGUGUCAGGAGAGAUGUAGGCGAUGUCGGGUCUUGGUAACGUCUCGCCCCGUAAGGGAAGAAGACUUCAAUUCGAGAAAUGUAAAAUACUCCAAGAUGUUAAUAGAAGGAUAUUCUCAACAGCAUGCCACAGAUUUCAUCGACAAAUUCUUUUUUUCUAAUGAAACAAAAGGAACAGAACUGAAGAAAUAUUUGAGAGAAGACAUUGUUAUUAACGAAAUGAUCGCCACGCCCCUUUUUUGCACUAUGGUGUGUUAUUUGUGGAAUGAUGGCUAUAUUCAUGGAAACUUCACCCGAACAAAAUUAUUUCAUGAUAUCAUGGAGUUUUUGAGGACACACAUGAAUGCUAAGUAUAAGCGAGAGAUUAAGCGAGACCUGCUCAACGACACAGUUGUUUCAGUCGGGAAAGUUGCCUUAAGAAAAUUGAGCAACAAGAAUGAUCUGAGUCCAUUGGUGUUAAGUGAAGACGAUUUUAGUGAAGUUCAUGAUGAUAUAUUAAACAUCAGCUACUCGCUUGGUCUGUUAACAAAGAACAUGAAGACGGAUAGUGACACCCUCAUCCACAUUGAAUUCUUCCACAAGUUAGCGCAGGAAUAUUCAGCAGGAAGAUAUCUGGCACUUGGCAUCGAUGAAGGAAGAAUCAGCACCACUGGCAUUUCAAAGAUAAUCUAUAACCUAAAAGAGAUCUUUCAAUUUGCAUCAGGGACAUCGGUUUUGGCUUGCCGAAAGAUUUUGGCAUCUCUCAGCAUUGAACAAGCUUCCAGGUUUAGUAUCUCCAACAGGGCUGAACUAUACCAUCCCGUCAUCUUAAAUUUCAUCGGCGAGGCAGGAACUUGUGCAGAGGAUUCUGAAAUGCAUUUGACACGUGUUUUUAAAGACGGACAUCUUGGACUGCGACAAGUUACAGCAUCAACAGUGGCUGGAUUCGAGAAACUAUCAGGAUCUGUUAAGGAAAUGAUCACAUCCAUUGGCAUCUAUGAUGCGAACGAUUCUGCGGACUUAUUUGUGAGACUAUGGAACGCCAUGAAUACUUCACCCUUUCUCAGUAGCCUAUUUCUCCCCAUCCCUGCCGACAUCGGGUUUAAUCUGAAGCACCUCACGUCGAUCCGUGUUUUUGAGACUUACCACGUGAUAUCAAUGAGCAGCCUCGCACAUGUUUUAACCUUCCUACCAAGGGUUAGGGAGCUGAUUAUUCAAGAUAUAGAACUUGUUGAACUGGACAACAACGCUGAAGCCUUCUGUGAGCUGUGGAAAAACCUCCAUACCUCACCAGACCUCAACGAGCUUUUUCUUCCAAUACCGACGUGCCAUAUCAUGUGUGACUUAGAGCCACUUCGAUCGGUCCAGAUUUUGGAAACAAUGUCAUCUUCCAUUAACCUCCCCUUCGUCUUGAUCAACCUGCCAAAUUUACAAAAGCUUCUUUUAAACUCUGAUAUACUUGGAUAUCCACAGGUGGACGCCAAAGGCGCACAUAAGUUCUUUGGCUACUUUUUGAAUGCCCUCCAUAAUCUCCGUGAGCUGCGUCAUUUACGAAUGUAUGUUCCUGAGACAUUUCCUGCGUUACAUCUAGAGCCCCUCCGAUCCGUGCAGACCUUUCAGACAAAACUCGAAUCUCAUGUGGAAAUAUUUCCUUUACUGCUUUCCCGGUUACCAAAUAUUUCAGAACUUUACGUAGUUGCCAUGAACAAUUAUGACAGUGAGAUAGCAGAGGAUACCUACUACGAUAAGGUCAUUUCGGCCAUCAUUGACGGAGUGGUGAAGAAUGGUGUCCAAUUGGAAGUUCUCAAUAUGACCUUCUUUGACCCGAGAAGGGAAGACAGCAAGUCUGUGUCACGUGACACUGUUGAAAACUUUAUCCGAAUGUUGAAGACGGGUGGCAUGAUGCGACAACUCGAAAUCAUUAGUUUUAACUACUGUGUGUUUAAAGAGUCAGACUUGAUAGAAAUCAUCACAGCCAUCAGAGAAUUUACGUCUAUUAUGCUUUUGAGGAUUGAUUGUAGUUUGGAUUCUGAAGGAGAGCUUACUCGUUUCGCCACCGAACGAGACCAGCCAAAGGAAAAUAAGCAAGGCCCCAAUCAGAGCAAACAAAGCGGGUCACUGAUGCUGACUUUAUUCUACAGGGAUCCAGAGACAAAUUUAAAGACUGAGGAAACUUUCGUUCUGCCCCGUUCGCAGUACCCAACAGAAGCGGUAUAGGAUAGAAUGUUUGUAAAAAGAAGAUUUGAGUUUGCUCAUUCUGUCAGGGUCUGUAGAGAGUAUAAAACAUAAGUAUAUUUCGUUCCGGGAUGAUGUUCUGCUGAAACUACCUAUGACUUAAAGGUAUAGACUAGUUUUUGGAAACGCCACCUCUCAAAAAUGAAAUGGAAGCUCAA